GACAGCAGGGCUCGACGAAGCCACUUGACAAACAGCUCCAAUGCUGCGCAUCCCAUGUGCCAUGAGACUGUGAAUUCGAGAGCUUGUUGGACGCCAUUGCUAGGUUGGAGGCUGCGGAAAAGCAAAACCCAAUAUGCGAGAGAUGGGCCAUGGCUUCGGAAUGCCCCGUUUGCGAUGGGACAGGAUUCCUCCUUGAAGACGUUUGUCCACUAUGUGAGGGAGAAGCGAGCGAUAGCGAAUCUUCUUGCCAUUGGUGUGAUAUUUGCCAGAAGGACUUGCAGAGCGCAAAGUCUUUCCAGGAGCAUUUGCAAGGUCGGAAGCACCUGGCCCGUGCAAGUGGAAGUCUCAAACGGAGGCCCACUGUCGCUCAACCGACCGAGCAGGAAUUCUUUCAGCGCUUGGUUUCGGGUGACUACCGACGCAUCGUCGUCCUCACCGGCGCCGGCGUCUCCACCUCCGCUGGAAUCCCCGACUUCCGCUCCAGCGGGGGGCUCUACGAGUCCAUCCGUGAGCACUUCGGCAGCCUGGUCCCUGCUGUGAUGGACUGCCCCGAGGAGUUGCUGAGUCGUCGCUUCGCCCAGCAAAACCCACAGCUUUGGGAACAGAAGGUUCUGCCUUGGCUUCGCUCAUGGAAGAUGGACGCUGCUCCAACUCUUUCGCACCACUUUGGAGCGUGGCUCUGGCAAAAGGGUUGGCUGCAGCGAAUCUAUACACAGAACGUGGAUGGCUUGCACCUGCAUCCAUCCUUGGAGCUUCCCCGAGAUGUGGUGGUUGAAUGUCAUGGAUCAAUGGCGGCUGGCCUCGUCCUCUACGGAGAUCCAUUGCCUCAGCAUUUCGAGGACUGUUGUUCUGAAGACUUCGAUAAGGUAGAUUUGGUGCUGGUCAUGGGCACCAGCCUGCAGGUGGCCCCCUUUUGUGGUUUGCCCAAUAUGGCUCCAAAGGGCGCAACUCGAGUGCUCGUGAAUCAGCACCUGGAAGAUUGCCGUUUUAACUCUUGGAGUCCCAAGAAUCUCGGGCUCGCAGGCAUGAGGAUGGCAACCACCACGCGGAUUGGUAAGCGGAAAGCCGUGCAACUGCGACCUUUAUGGUGGGACAGGAAAGGAUCUUCUCGCUGGACACAAGUCUUUGUGCAGUCGACCUGCGACUCGUUUGUUGAGAGCUUCUACCGUUCCAAAGCCGAAGCAAAUUGAAGCCUAUGAAUGCACGAUGAUUUAAGUCUCACAGUGUUUCUCAGGCUUGGGGCACUAUCAAUUAAGGGAUCAGAACCAGGUUCACCAUUGGUUUGAGGUCCUUCCUGUGGCAGAAGCACACCCAAAGCCACAUGGCCCCACAAUGGGGGACACCAGGGGCACCUGGCCUUUCUUCAUUUUGCCAGUUUUGAACACCUGCGGAACCUGGCCGCCGGUGAUUGUGCAGUGUACAGCAUGUCACCGCCUCCGCGUGCAAAAUGACCAGUUGCAGUGGUCAGUGAAAGAUGUGUUAUGAGGUUGGAGGCCAUUGCUAUUAGGAACAAGAAGCUACUAGGAGCUCCUGGCCUUACUACUGGGAGCAAGGACGCUACUAGGGG